AUGGCUUCUAUACAAUAUAAUCACAAUCUCACAAGCCUCUACAACGACACGAAAAGAAAGGCCGCCAUAAAUGUAGAUAAGCAGGAGCCGAGUCCUGCUUCCGCGAGACUCCAGCGCAAGCUUCACGCGCAAACCGAUCGCCUAAUAGCCUGGGGUCUGGAAUGGGCUGAAGAGACGAACGACAGCAUCGACGAAUCCAUCGAGCGAGCUGGUCUGACCGAAAAUGUAACCAACAUCCUAGGAAACAUCAAGGAGAUCCUCGAACAAGCCGAUAGACUCUCAUCACACAAUCCUGCAUCUGACAAGGUCGUCUUCAACCAAGACAAAUACGAAGAUCUGUUACGCGACUUGACUUCGUCUGUUGAUGUCCUCUAUGACCUUUCAGCCACCCGCAGAGCAAUCGCCCGAGGCACGUAUCCAAACUUGAGCGACCACCCCCAUGACAUCGCCAAACAUGGCCUCCGUAUGCCAAAGGUUUCGUUCGAUGCCGCCAGCUUCGCUUCUUCGGAAAAGACUCUGGUCAACACGCAGUUCACACGGCCCACUCUAUCACCCUACGCCGGACUACCAGCAAGCAUUAAUCCUCAGGCUUUAAUGCUACCAGCAGAAGGUCCUCCUCCUUACGAAUACUUGGGCGUUCCAUCUACAGCUAGAAUGAUGGGUCGCUUGAGCAAAUCCUUGGCCCCCGAAAGCGUUCGAAAUGUGUUUAGGGAUGUCACAGAUGAGUAUGUCUGGGUCAUGGUCGAGUUUGAGAAUUACGACCCGCUAUAUCGUGACACUGGCGUUUCUCCACCACUUACGCGAGUAGAGAAGCUGGCUUCCUCUCUGAAUAUGUUGUCCAACAGGGGAAACCUCAGGCUGCUUGGCUAUGUGGAAGACCCUCAGCAACCUCGCGUAGGACUGGUCUACGACUAUCGCACCGUUCAACCGCACCAAUCCCCAGAAAUUCGCCCAGUCACUCUUAUGGGCCUCAUAUUGACCGCGACACAAGCCAAAAGAGCAGUGGAUGUCUCGAACGCUACUCCGUUCCUGGAAGACCGAUUUCGUAUAGCACUACGUCUUGUGGAAAAACUAAGGGACUUGCAUGCCGAAAACUACUUUCACGGGAAUAUACACAGCGAGAGUAUCGUGUUCCUGCAAGAGGGUCAAUCCCCGCAACCACGACAGAGCGAGUUGCAUCGGCCUGUCAUUUCAGCAUUCGACAUGUUCUCUAGAAACAGAAUUGAGUAUGGAGAUUCAUCGCCAAUUUCCAACAUCACAAAACAUCCAGAAGACAAGGGAGGCGAGAUCGAUGACGUCACAGCCAUUAGGUAUGACCUUUAUCAAAUCGGUCUCGUUCUUCUGGAAAUUGGUCUCUGGAAUCCUGUGAACGACUAUUUCAAGGAAAAGUACACGCUGAAGGAUUUCAAGCUCAGAUUGGAGAAGCUUUACAUACCAAAGCUUGCAAGCAAAUGCGGAUCACUCUAUAUGCGCGCAGUGCAGACUUGUUUGCGAUGGGCUGAUAAUGACGACGUCGGACAUGUUGGCGUUGAGGCCGUGUACGACUCGAUUCUUGUCAAGCUUCAGCGCUGUGUAUUGCUGGACGAGACGGAACCCUUGGAGAUAACUCAGAUUCCGGCUGCAUUCUUGCAAGCUCAAAGCAGCCUGGAAGGUCUGCAGGCAGCGAAGAAAAAACGUCGUAACAUCUCACCUGGAGAUCACGUUACCGACUCUCCCGAUCUCAAAGCUGCUGAGAGGGCUUCUAUUGCAUCCUACCCAUCUGCCAUCUCGAGUUCCGUUGGACCUCGUUCGCCUAUCCUCUCGAUGCUGAGUGCCAAGUCGAAUCGGUCCAACUCCAAAAGCGCGGAUUCUAUCAAGCCCAUCUCGCAAUCCGCGACCCAAGCCUCGACUCCUACUCCAGCUGCUGCUCUCGAUCGUUCUCUUCCUACUGCCAGUAUACAACCAAAGUCUGGCGCUGAUCCAUUCCCUUUCUCGUUUCGCGACUACCGCCGUAAAGUCAUGCUCAUCCAGUCACGAUGGCGUGCGAGAAAAGCUGAGACACGCCGUAAUGUCCAUGAAGAAGCUCCACCUCAACAAUUGCAGACCGAUCAUCGACCGGUUGCUCCAAUAGGCAAAUGUCGCCUGUUCCCACUUUCCCUUCCACAGCCCAUUGUGGAUGAGUGGCACUCAGAUAUCGGAUUCCGUCUUUCUUGCAUAAUUGAGCGAGCACUAAAGGGCUCUACCGAGUCCUCAAGCAUCGACCUCGUCAGUGUUGGGCAUGAUGCUUUUACCGCAAAGCCUACUAUCGUUGUGACUUGCACGAAUACAGCAAGAGUCAAAGCCGCACUCAAACGCAAGUUCCACUAUGAUCGGACGAUGUUCGACCUCAAGGUCCGACAAGGCUGUGUGUCCUUGUCAAGAGGCAAAACAAGGAUCUGUGGCAAAGGUGACAUUGUCAAGCGAAGUCAUGCAAGAGGCGAUGGAAACGAAAGUAACAUAACCGCAAUGAACCCUUUCUGGCAGGAGCGUCCUCUUUGUGGUGCAUCCAUCGGUGCAUAUCUGCCUGAUCACGGCCACCUUGAACCAUGUUCACUUGGUGGUAUAAUUAAAGUCGACGAAAAAGAAUAUGGCAUGAGCGUACACCAUAUGCUCGAGCCUCCGACCGACGAAGAAGACUCAAGUGACGACUCGGGUUCGGACAUGGACGAACAGGCCAACCAAGGUGCUCAUCGUUCAAGUGCAAGAGCCCCAGAGCCAACCUUGCCGCGUCUUGUGACAAAUUUAAGCAAUGAUCACGGAUAUAUGAGUGACCUCUCGUCAGUCUCAAGCGUGGACUCUGACGACGAUGGUUACGAAUCGUCAGACUUUGAGAGCGAUGUCUCUGAAGCCGAAGAUGCGGGCGACAGACCCGGCAUCGCAGCAUCGUCUUCCAAGACUGUACAAGUGACCCAACCAGCCUUUGGCGACGCUGUAGCCGAAGACCUCCACGCCGACGACGCGACUACCGAAGAGCUGGAUGAGGAUCAUUUAUCCUCUUACAAAUUAGGCAAAGUCUACGCUUCCUCUGGACUCCGUCGCUGGAAUGAAGGAGGCAAACGCUACGAGAUCGACUGGGCUCUCCUGGAACUUGAUCCUCCUCGGCUUCAACCCUAUAACUUGAUCCAAGGCGGUCGUCGGCAUUGCAAAUCACCGGUAUCCUUCGUACCCGAGCUCAAAAAUCCGGUCUGUAGACGCAACAGUCUCUAUACAGCGGAAGAAGACUGGUAUCCAACUGAAAUCAUUCCGGCCUCCAAUCUUGCGAACCUGGAAGUGCACUGUUUGGGCCGGACAUCGGGUCUCAAGACUGGCAUCAUCAGCGCAGCACAGUCUUUUGUGAAGAUCAAAGGACGCAGGAACUUCUCCCUCAGCUGGACGGUAAUUGGAGAUUUUGGUGUUGGUGGAGACUCGGGUGCGUGGAUAGUUUCCAACACCACUGGUCAAGUCGCUGGCCAUGUGCUCGCUGAACGUACAGGCUUGACAUAUAUCUGCGCCAUGCACCUCUUAUUCGACGACAUACGACAGACGCUUAGGGCUUGCAGCAUCAGUCUUCCCGGCGCUACUGUAAUGAUUGAUGGAAUGCACCAGCUGGAUGCAAGCGCAGAACAGGGGAUCGUGUAUACGACGUUACCGACAAGAGAAAAGACAGGCUACGCCGGAGCAGAUGAUACUGACGGAAGAAGAAGGUUCUACGAAUCUUCCGCAUCACGGGCGAGGCAGAAUAGAGUUGGCGAAAAGACAGCGGGCAAGAUGCCGAAUGCGAGAACGACGGGUUGGUGGUCACAAAGCGUUUCAAAUUGA